AUGUCAAGAGGUGUUAGCAGGUUUCAUAGUUCACGUUCUCCUGUUAGGAGUGUGUCUAGAUGGUCAUCUUUUAGUCAGAAUCCCAAACGUGGGAAAUUAGAAAUGGACAUGGAUUUUGCUGCACCUGACUGGAAAUCCUCAGAACUUCCGAAGUUUGAAAAGAAAUUUUACCAAGAACACCCGUUGUCAGCCUCUAGAUCUGAGGCAGAAGUAGAGGCAUUCCGCAAAAAGUAUAAGAUGUCACUUUCUGGGAGGGAUGUUCCUCGUCCUGUACUAUCGUUCAAUGAAUUGAAUGUUCCUGACUACAUACUUAGUGUAAUUGCCAAGAACGGUUGGCAGCUCCCCACUCCAAUCCAGUCUCAAGGUUGGCCUAUGGCACUUUCUGGUCGUGAUGUGGUUGGGAUAGCUCAAACGGGCUCAGGGAAAACAGCGUCAUUUCUGCUUCCAGCUGUCAUCCAUAUUAUGGCACAACCGCGAUUGCUGCGCAAUGAAGGUCCAAUAUGUUUAAUUCUUGUCCCCACUCGGGAACUUGCACAACAAGUUCUUACUGUAGCAAAAGAAUUUGCGGAAGCUGCCAGCUUACGUGCGAUGUGUUUUUAUGGUGGCUCUGCAAAAGGCACUCAGCUUCGUGAAAUGCAAAAAGGUGGUGAAAUAUGUAUCGCAACUCCUGGUCGGCUCAUCGAUUUUAUUCGGGUUCAGAGAAAUCUCUUGUCUAGAGUAACUUACUUAGUACUAGACGAGGCAGACAGGAUGUUGGAUAUGGGCUUUGAGCCUCAGAUUCGUAAGAUCAUAGGCCACACACGUCCUGACCGCCAAACCCUCAUGUGGUCUGCAACAUGGCCAAGAGAGGUGCAAACGCUAGCCAGAGAAUUCCUCACUGAUUAUAUCCAAGUAAAUAUUGGGUCAGUAUCGCUUCACGCCAACCCAAACAUCACUCAAAUAGUUGAAAUAAUGGAUGAUUGGAGUAAAGAACAACGUCUGAUUGAACUUUUGACGAGUUUUGGACGAGCACGUACACUAGUAUUCGUUGAGACGAAAAGGCGGACGGAUCAGCUCACAAAUUCACUUAGGCGUCGUGGAUUUUAUGUGGAAGCGAUGCACGGCGGAAAGCAGCAAAGAGAUAGGGAGCUCACUCUUGCAAACUUUAAAAGCGGAAGGAUGAAUAUAUUGGUGGCCACAGAUGUUGCUUCCCGUGGUCUUGAUAUUGACAAUAUCGAGUACGUGGUGAACUUUGAUUUUCCGAACCAGACUGAAGAUUACAUUCAUCGCAUAGGACGAACUGCGCGUAGUGAUAAAACGGGAACCGCAUUCACUUUUUUCACACACAAGAACGUAAGACAAGCUCGUGAUUUGAUUGACAUACUGGACGAAGCCAAUCAAGAGAUAAGCGCAGAGCUCAUCCAGCUGGCUGGGAUGUCCAAUUACCUCCGAAAGUCUAAUACGCUCAAAAAAAAUCCAUCAGCCUUCCAACAAAAGCCACCUGGUCGUAUCACUGGCUUUGGGAAUUCAUCUUCAAGCUUCCCAACACAAGAUAUUAGAACUGUCAACUCUGGAAUUUCAUAUCAAAAUGGUUCGUCUGCUAUGAAUAAAGUUAAUUCAGCUGCCGAGAAUUCUCACUUGCCAACUGGCCAGUUUCUCACAACGUUCAAAUCUGCUACUAGCGACCAGUCCAUUAGUGGUCGCAAACCCACUCUUAGUAGUCAGACAACUACUUAUGGAGGAUUACCACAACCUAUUCCUGUAAAUGACACUCAGAUUAAAGCUAGCUUUCCAAAGACUAAUGUGCCUAGCUGUGUAAAUCUCUCAGUAAAUGAGACAGGGAAAUGGGAUAGGCAUGUCAGCGCAGAGAAAGUUAGUUCUAUAUUAACUGCACCGAUUCCUGUCAUUCAAAAUUCAAAUACAGUAACUGAAGCAAGUGAUCAACAGUGGUCCACUAACCAAUGGGGGACCGACAAAAAUCAGGUCCAUACUCAUUGGAAUCCAUCAGUUCCUGACAUUUUGUCAGCCAGUGGUUCGUUUGCUCAGCGUUCUGCUGGUCAAAAUCCUAAACGGCCGACGCUUAUGGAUCCAUCUGCAUCUCAUAUCAGUUUAGUAAAUCCCAGCAAUGAUAUAUCUCUACCAGGUAUUAGACCUCGAGGUACCAUGAACCAAUUGAAUGGGCCUUCGCCAAAUGUUGCCCAAUAUGUACAGCCAUGGUCAGGUUUUGUUUCAAAUCCCUAUUCAUAUGCUGUGCCACUCCCUACUGCUACUGACAUACCAGCCACACCUAAUUGGGGUUCUGGAUGGGCUCCAAGCUUUCACGGAGGUUAUUAA